AUAUAACAUUAUAGGUUGAGUUAUGAUAUCUUAUAACAUUGGCGAGUCUUCAACAGCUUUAUUCUCAACAACGUCAAAAUGAAAUUGUACCUCAUCGUCAGAAUCUUGAUAAUAUUAUUUUUCUCUUUCGUUAUUUACUUGUACUAUUACAAUAAAGAUGAUCUGGCAAAAAAGAAAAAUUUAAAACAACCAGAACAGGAGGAUGACCCCGAUUCGAUGGAUUUCCAAAAUCAUAAGAAACAAUACAUUUCAACGGAGGAUACAUUCAUUUGGACAAACUCGAUGACAUGUGACAAAGAAUCUGGAUAUCAUACUUGCGUUAACUGCCCUAAUGGUAAAUAUGUAUCAGGGUAUGACGUAAUACAGUCUCAUCCUGGAGUCAACUGUUCUCAUAGGACCUGCCACAAGAUAAACCCAGGAAGACAACCUGUUAAAUAUCGGCAACCGAAAUACAUCAGGCCUCUGUCACCGAUUGAAGACAUGGUUACAUUUGCGGUUAAAACUUCUAAACGAUUAGAUCUCGUCAAGCGGUUAUUACUCAGUGUAUGGGAAUUCUAUCCCAAUAUGAAAUGCAUUGUCAUCGAUGACUUUAACGAGGACUUUGCAAGGAACGCUGACCUUCAACACUUCUUUAGAAAUGCAACAAAUGCGAUAUACCAUCAGGCACAUGAUAAUGCAGGUAUAAGUUAUGGUAGGAACCUUGCAUUAAAGUUUGUAAAAACAAAAUAUGUGUUCCUCACUGAUGAUGAUAUGGUCUUUAGUAGUAAGACAAACAUUACUAAACUUGUUGACUUGCUAGAGCAUACUGAUUUAACAAUCGCUGGUGCGACAUGCAAACCCAAUCACCCCUUUGAAGGUGUAUUAAUGGUUCGUCCAACAUAUCCAAAUGCACAAAAUACAUCAACAACAACAUCUUCCAAUGAAACAGUGGACCUACUGCAAUAUCCAUUUGUGUAUUUUGAAAGAUUACAGUGUUUUGGCCGAUGUUACGUCACAGAUAUAGUACUGAACGCAUUUCUGGCUCCCUUAGAGCAGCUGCUAAAGAUGGGGGGUUGGGACGCAAGUAUAAAAACACAAGAACAUAUAGAUUUCUUUUUGACAGUUCGCAAAUUUGGAUUGAAAGUUGCCGAUUGUUUCGAUGUCAAUGUACUUCACAGACCACCGGCAAAAAAUCCCCUUCGCAACAAGAGGAAGAAGAAUUCAAGUAUUUAUUUCAAUCUGAUCAGGCAGAAGUGGAAUUUUACAAAAUGGUUCAAUUGUAAGCCGAGAAGAUUUUCCAACCAAAAGAUGAAAUUUCCAGACGAUUGGAAUUGCAGCGAUACGCUUAAAUUUGACAAACUGUGAGACUUGGCGAAUAAAAACGAUCAAAUGCAUAGAAACAAACGAUCCAAGACCUAUAAAACGGUAUUCUACGUGAAGUAUUGUUAGACAAUAUAUGUAAAUAUGAGUUGGUAGAGAUAGAUGGUAGUGACAUCACUCAUAAGCCUCAAAAUCACCCUUGAUAUAUGCAGCUAGCGAAAUUGGACCGGUGUGUCAGAAUAAAUAAAGUCUCCUUGAAUAUAUGGUCCGGGGCACCAUUCACACUAGGACACCCACUGCAUGAAAGAGAUGUCUUUGCAUUGAAAUACAUCAUAGAAUUUCCCUGUAUUACUUAGAAAUACACCAUAAUAAUUAGUUCUACAGUGAUCUGCAUCCAGUAAUACAAGUAAAUGAAAACUGACAUAUUCGUGAAAAUGCACUCUUUUUAAUGCAUGAUUUGCAUAGACGGAUAUUGCUUAACACAACAUUGGUAUCGUUGGGUGUCAAUAAAUACAAUGGACACAUAUUUUUCAAUAUCAAUAAAUACAUUGCUUUUAUUGCAUUGCAUAUAAAAGCAUCAAUCUACGCAGCUUUUCCAUUUGACAGUAUCAGGUAAUAUUAAUGUUUGCAUUAUAGGGUAUAUAUCUAUACAUGGUUUGCAUUAUC